AAUAUUUGCGACAGUAGUUGGAAUUUCUUGACACGACUUUCAACGAAUCAUUCGGAAUCAUUCGAAGAGUGUAAUUUUAUGUGAACGGUUGUUAGAAUUAAUAUGUGCGGCAAUGUUUAAGUUCUUAUUUAAAUGAAAUAUUUCUAUCAGUUGUCGCAUUUGUAACUACCUCUAACUUGAGUCUGACGUGCAUUGAAAAUAGUGAAAUUGACUCCACAUAUUGAAUGCUUUCUUGCUACCUAGUAAUUUAUACACUCGUGACGUUCAGGUUGUGUCCCACCACCAUCUCUUACUUCUACGCAUAGACUUGCGUUGCGAAGUAGAUCGCAAUACGCUUCUGCUUGCCCCACAUACAACAGCAUCGUCGCCAAUAUCUUAAAUAUCUUUAAACUUACUUACAAAGUUUUAUCUUCGCAGCUUAACAGCAUUAUUGUGUAUUUGAUACUUUUGGCGAGUGUUGUUUUGUUAGUAGUAACGUGAGUGGACAACAGCCUCAAACUGGCGGAGAGGAAGGUGACAUUGACACUAUGCCAGACAUCUGUGCUAAAAGUCUACUACGCUGUCAUUGAAGAUGUAAUCACCAAUGUGCGUGACGCCUUUCUCGACGAGGGUGUCGACGAACAGGUUCUACAGGAAAUGAAACAAAAUUGGCGGUCGAAAUUGAUGGCGAGCAAAGCGGUGGAAAUCAAUACUGAACCACAAGAGUCACAACCACCACCUAUUGUAGCCAACAAUCCAAAGGCUGCUGUUGCCAAAGCUAAAAAAGCAGCCGCUGCAGCUGCUGCUGCUGCCGCCCAACAAAAUAGUAAUAACAAUGCAUCGAGUAGUGGCAUCGGAGCUGGAGCUUCGAACGCCUCUAUCGAUAUGAAGCCAAAUAUUUCACAACUACAAACGAAUGUGACAAAUGGUGGUGGUACUCUAACGACGACCACUGGUGGCUCUGGUGGCCCCACAACAUCAGCCGCAGCCAACAGCGCGGCCGCAAUGAAUGGUGCUGUCAAGCAGGAAAUAUUAAAGUCAGCAACUGCACAGAGUGGCUCAGCGGCCAAUAACUUACAGAAAUCGAAUGUGAUUGGCGGUUCGUCGCAAGCGACAGGGCCUGUGGCAUCAUCGUCGGGCCUUGGUGGUGCUGCUAGUAACUCACAACAACAAUCUGCAAAUUCAACAAUACCGAUCGUUGCCACACUUGAUCCAAAUCGUAUUAUGCCUGUAAAUAUCACAUUACCUGCUCAAACUGGCUCCAUGAGUACGGAAUCUCGCGUGCUCACCAUACAUGUUCCAGCUUCGGCGCUACAAGAUAAUCAGCUGACACAGAUAUUGACCGCGCACUUAAUUUCGUCCAUAAUGUCGCUGCCAACCACAUUGGCCUCCUCUGUGCUGCAGCAGCACGUGAAUGCGGCGCUCAUAAAUAGCAAUAUGCAGAAAAGCUUUAAUGCAACAAAACAGCUAGAUGGCGCAGUAGACACUUCGGACGAAGAUGAAAGUGAAGAGAGUGAUGACAAUAUGGACAAUGAUGAUGAUGAUGAUCUAGAUAAGGACGAUGAUGAGGAUGCUGAGAAUGAUGGUGGUGCUGAAGAAGAGCCCCUUAACAGCGAUGACGAUGUGACCGACGAGGACGCCAGUGAUGUAUUCGAAACGGACAAUGUUAUCGUUUGUCAGUAUGAUAAGAUUACACGUUCACGCAACAAAUGGAAAUUUUAUCUUAAGGAUGGUAUUAUGAAUAUUGGUGGAAAGGAUUACGUUUUCCAAAAGUCCAAUGGAGAUGCCGAGUGGUAAAAACAGCACCAGUGCCGAUAUAUUUCUUAGAAAUAUCUUCGUUACAAUCCCAAUUUUGUUUCUACAUAAAAUGCGUAGAAGCUAUUUGUACGUGCUAAAAGACAACAAUGAUAAAGUUUCAUCUUAAUUUUCUUUAUUCGUGCUAUGUAUUGUAAUAGUACGAUUAUUUCUGUUUCCUGCAGUUUAAUAGUAAAUGCGCUGGUUAACAGAUUUUCGCCAUAUGCAAGUAAUCAUGAACAUCCACAUUCUUGUAUUUACCUUUAUUUUCAAUGCCUGACAUUUUGAUCGGCAACCAAUCAACGAGAACAAAAAAAGGGGUUCAUGCGUGCAUUUGGCUUGAGCUAAACCUCCAGUUUAAAAACACUUUGUCCCUUGCCAAACAUACUUCUAAACACAUACAUACAUAUGCAUACAAAUAGCUAUAAACAUUAUUUACAUAUUUUUGGUGCAUUGGUAGAAUACCUGAUUGCGAAUUGAAGAAAGUGAAAGUGCAUUGAUUACAACUGCAAAAGCAGCAUAAAUAUUUUUUACAAAAGAUAUGUUAUAAAAUGCCAAAACAAAAAAUGUUAGAAAGAAAACACAUUUAUACACAAAAACUCUAAUUAUUACAAAAAAGCGGACACACACAUUAUAUUUAAACUGGUCCAAGAAGAAGACGAAAAAAAACAAAACAAAAAAAACUGAGCACAGUUAUUGUGUUGUAUUAUAUUAACUAAAAAUAUUCUAGUGUACAUUAUUAUUUAAUAAAAAUUUUAAAUUCAAUUAUGUAACAUA